ACACCUUUUUCCACCACCACUCUAACUCAUUUUAUUCUCACAUUUUCAGUCACUUCUAAAGUUUUUAAUAUGAUCUUCUCGCCAUUUUUUAUAAUCACCAUUAUUUUAGCUUUUUUGCCAGCUCAUUCCUCUUCCUGUCCCGAAAAUGAAAUUGAAACGGAUUGCGUCAAUCCAUGCAACACGUGUGAACAGAAAGGCCGGUGCGACCACCAUCUUCCCUGCCGUCACGGUUGCGACUGCAAAAUUGGAUUCUACCGAGAUGAGAAUGGUUUUUGUGUACAGGAGCAACAAUGUCUAGCCAAGCCAGAGAACAGAUGUCCGAAAAACGCUUUGUUUCUUCCCUGUGCUCCCCUUUCUCUUCCAACGUGCGAGAAUCCUUUUCAAGAUCCCGAUUAUGACGAGGAAUGUAUUCCAGGAUGCGCUUGCCGGCCAGGGUUCCUGAAACGGAAAGAUGGACGGUGCGUGACACCUUACCAGUGUUACUCAAAGGAAGAUCACGGGAAAGAAACACCAGGUAUGUGCCAAGAAGAUGAAGAGUAUUAUGAAUGCACUCCAAGCUGCAAAAACACAUGCGAGAAUUUCAACAACCCAGGUAUCAAAUGCCAAUGCGGUUCCCCUGGCUGCUUUUGCAGGGAAGGCUUGGUAAAGAGAGCUGAUGGCAAAUGCAUUCCCCCUGAACAUUGUGCUCGAUUACGAUCUCCAGAAGAUCCAGCCCCUAAGUGUCCGAAGAACGCCAUCUUCAUCAAGUGCGGAUCUCCCUGCCCGCCAACGUGUGAUGAUCUGCAACCGGAACCUUGUGAAGAGAAAUGUACCACGGCUUGCUACUGUAAACCUGGCUACUUGAAAAGAAAAGAUGAUGUAUGUGUUCGACCAAUAGACUGCCAUCCUCGUAAGAAGCAAGAGAGACUAACACCGAAGUGUCCGGAAAACGCCAUUUUCAUCGAAUGUGGUUCCCCUUGUCCACCUACCUGUGAUAUUCGGCUUCCAGAACCUUGCGAAGAGAAAUGCACAAAAGCAUGCUACUGUAAACCUGGAUUCUUGUUAAACACUGAAGAAGGAAAAUGUGUCAAACCCGAGCAUUGUAAUACGAGUCAUGUCCCUGUACAUGCAAGACGCUGUCCAGUAAACGAAGAGCCCAAUGAUUGCGUUAAACCAUGCAAUGACUGCAAAAUUAGAGGAAAUUGUACAUUCUUCGCGUGCAAUAAAGGCUGUGACUGUAAGAAAGGACAUUUCAGAAAUAACAAUGGAAAUUGUGUACCUGCUUCGGAAUGCCCCAAGAGGAGACCUCACCAUAAAUGUGCUGCCGAUGAACAGUUCUAUGAAUGCACGCCAAGUUGCAAGAAUACAUGCGAAAACAUUAAUAAUUCUGACGCAAAAUGUCAAUGCGGACCACCAGGCUGUUUCUGCAAAGAAGGACUCUUCAAAAGAGAAGAUGGAAAAUGUGUCAAUCCCGACCAAUGUAACGACCGGCCUCGACCAGAAUGUGCUUCAGACGAACAAUUCUACGAGUGCAAACCAAGUUGCAAAAAUACCUGCAGUCACUUCCAGAACCCCGGAGUACAGUGUCGGUGUGGACCUCCCGGCUGCUUCUGCAAAGCAGGUCUCGUGAAAAGAUCAGAUGGGAAAUGCGUUCCACUCAGUCAAUGUCCAGUUUCGCUUCGUCAUGCGUGUGGUGUAGAUGAAAUGUUUUACAACUGCACACCGAGUUGUAAGAACACCUGUGAAAACUUCUCCAAUCCUGCAGUCAGAUGCGGAUGUGGCCUCCCUGGCUGCUUCUGCAAAAACGGACUCGUCAAAAGGGCUGAUGGAAAGUGUGUAUCACCGAAUCAGUGUCAAGGAGAAAAUAGCAUCGAUAAAGAUAACAUCGUUGAAUGGAUUAAUUGUGACGCCAGUGGUCCAGGAUUUGAACAUCUUACUGAUGAAAAGGCUUUUAUAUUGAACCUUAAGUAG